AGUAUCACACUCAAACUAUAGAUAUAAUAUAUACACCCAGCCCUUAUUAUUCGGGUUAUUAUAUUUAAAUUUAUUCAAAGAUACUUCUUUCUCCUCGCCGAGUCAAUUAAAACCAAUUGCUUGUGCGACGCUUUGAGAUGAACUGACACGUUACUAAUUACUUGACGUCUUCUUCAGAGCCUUAUAAAAACGUACACAUCUGAAAAAGUAUUUAAACAGAACUAAGCACGCUCUGAGUAAGUGUACUUUUAGGAAGUUUUGAACUUCCUACUUACAUUAUUCAUUUUCUAUAGCAACAUGGGAAGAAGUAAAAAUAACUACAAUUUGGUAUUAGUUGGAUUAAUGCUAUCAUGUUGGGUUGCAAAUUGCAGAAAUGCUCUAUCGAGUUCUAAAUGUAAACUAAGACGAUACACCCAUAAUGCUGUACAGAUUGAUUUCAAUGGGUUACGAUGCUGGGAUGAAGUCGAAAUCAUGUCUUGUUGGGGAUAUUGUUUAUCACACGAGACAGCAGACUGGCAGUUCCCUUAUAAAGUAUCAUAUCAUCCUGUCUGCUUGCACGGUGACAGGAAACAUGCCUCAGUCAAGCUGCGAAACUGCGAUCCUGGUGUGGAACCAGGUACCGACGUAUACCACUAUGUAGAAGCAGCUUACUGCAAAUGCCAGGUAUGCUCUUCAGAAGAUACGAGCUGCGAAUGGCUACCGCCUGACUAUUUUCUCCUUGAUCAAUCUAUCAAGGAAGAAUUGGAGGACAUGGAAUAAAUUCAAUGAAGAAUGAACUGAAUUCAGAUCAAAUGUCGCUAUAACAGUGUUAUGUAUUGCAAGUUACAAUUUUGUUGGCAAAUAAAAGCAUAUGCACAGUU